AUGACCCCACAAGAACAAGCCGAGAUGAGAGCAUACUUUGCCGAGCUAGAUGCUCGAGAGGCCAAAAUGACCCUCCAAGACAAAGCCGAGUGCAACGCAUACUUCAAACACCUUGAAAGCAAGAGAGAUACACACCAUGAGUCGAGUGAGGAUGUUUCGAUUUCUAACAACUUAACCUCUACUCCGCUUGUGUUGUCUUCCUCUUUGCUAGGUUGCUCGGACAUCGACGACGCCAUUGCCAUGGAGAUGAGGGACUCCACUAUAUGUGAGAUGAGCGACUCCACUAUAUGUGAGAUGAGCGACUCCACUAUAUGUGAGCUUGAUGAGUGCCUCCACUUUGAGAGCAUGAGCGAUACACCGAGUGAGAUGAGAGUGGUAGUUGAUAGAUCAUGUGAGGCCAUUUCGAAUUCUAACAACUUACCCUCUACCUCUAGUGUGUUUCCUUGUGUCUUAUUAGGUCCCAUGGAUGACGAGACGCCGAUCAUGGAGAAGAUGUACAUGGUGCAUGAAGAUGAUGAUAUCACACCAUGCUUGUUGCUUGAAGAUGAACAUGGAGACCACAUCGAGCCUACCUCUUCCACAACACCUACCUCAUAUGAGCGGGACUACAAAGGUACCUAUAUGGGUGUUGAUGAUACCAUGAUCCCACUAGUGGACAUGAUGAUUUAUGAGUGCUUGCAUGAGUUGGAUGAUCCUAUUGCUAUGUCAUAUGCUUCUUUCACUUUCCCUUGUGAUACUUGUGAUACCACCAUUGUUGAUCAUGUGGAAAUAGUUGCUUGUGACAAUUUGACCAUGCCAUGCUAUGAUACAAAUUUGAACAUGUUUUGUGCUACAUGCUUGCAAUAUUCUCCCAUUAAUGCAACCAAAAUAUUGAACACUUGCUCUUUCCAAUGCUUGGUUUGCAAUGAUGUUAAUAUGCUUGUGAAUGAGAUUGCCCCCAUAGCUCUCUCACCUUUUGGAGACUUUGCAUAUAUCCAUGUUGAGCAUGUUCCCAUGUUUACUCCGCAUAUUCACCAUCUCUAUUAUGUUGCUUGGCUUAAUGCUAAUGGUGAUGUGCAAAAGAAAUGGACCAUCAUGAUGGAUGAUGUGUUCAUAUACCAUGCACACACGUUCUUUGCUUUGCCUAUUGUGUGUGUAGGUACACGGAAGACAAGGUCAACCUCGAUUGAGCACGAGUUGACCAAACGAACUCUUGAGAGCAUAAUACAAGUAAGUACAAGAUCGAACCCGGCUCUAAUACCUUUCCCAUGCUUUGCAUUGAACAUGCCGAACAAUUUCUCUUUCUUAUGGUUCUUUUGCAAGCAUGAUGAUGUGAUUCUUACCAUUGGUGUUGCCACAAAUAUGAGGACCAAUUUCUCUUUCCAAUGGUUUGUGUGCACACAUGUUGAUGAUAUUUUGAACACUCUCCCUUAUGUGUUUUUGCCAAAUUCUCCUCUUAUUGCUUUAAGGAUGUUGAACAAUUUCUCUUUCCGAUGCCUUGAGUGCAAUAAUGCACAUGAGUUUCUACAUGAGAUGGACAUCAUAGUCGUCUCACAAUUUGGAGUUUUUGUGUUUUCACAUUUGGAAGAUGUUCAUGUGGAGUUCUUACACAUUUACCUUGCAUAUGCAUUCUUGUUGAUAUAUUUGUGUUGUGCUAGCGGUGUUGUGAAUAUGAAUGGACAUGUCCUUGAUGAUAUGCCCCUCUAUCACGCACACACAUACUUUGCUUGUUCUUUGUUGUGUGAAGGUACACGUGACUUGUGGAUACGCGUCAACAAAUGGGUUCAACCCCAUACAUCUACUACACAAGAUCUCUCAAUGAGAGCACACCGACAUCUUGCUAAGGGCUCUUGACAAGUGAAGCAACAUUCAAGCGUUCGUGUUAUCUACCUCCUCUACACGUUCAUGAUGAGUUAUCGUCGAGGGCGACUCUUUUUCAAGUGGGGGGAGAUGAUACGGGGCGACCUUCGGUCUCCACCGCAUCAUGUGCGUCAACAUCUACACGUCACGCAAAGGUGAAUCUUCUCCUUAAUGCGUUCCUACAAAUGUCUCUCCUGAAUGGUAUGCUACUUCAUCCUACGUCAUAUGACCAUGAUAGGUAUGCAUCGCCGAGUAUGGAGGAAGUGGAUGAUGCCAUGGAGGCUCGAGGACUCAUGGUCAACAUCAAGUUCAUGGGAAGCAUGGAAGAGAUCGUCAAGGAGAAGGGGACGCGCCGCGAAGGCCGGCACGGCCGCUAAGGACGACCGGCACUACCGCCCAUCUCCACCGGCACUGCCGCCCUACCACUACACCUAAGGAUGACGGCCCUGUCGCCCUACCUGCGCCGGCACUACCGCCCCACUGCAAAGAGCAUCAAAUCUGAACCCUUUAUCCCUUUGUAUGCCUAAACUACCCCUCCUUGAGUGGCUCCCUAUAUAUAGGCUCCCACCUCCCCCUUCAUUAAGAAAGACAUAACUUGAGUGAGAACUUGGCUUAUGCCUCCACCAUCCCUCCGGGAUUAGGGAAACCCCCUCCUCUCUUAGACACAAAUCUAUGAGUUGUAUCAUGGCACUCCUUAUAUGAUUUAUCUUUCGCACUUGUGAUUC